CGAAGCCAGUCCGUCGCCUGACGGGGCGUGUGCAGUUUGUCCUGAACGCCGACUUGGUGUUUUUUGUGGACGUGUCUUACAUGUCGUGACUGGAUGACACAAAAAACAAGCAGAGAGUUUGCAGCGAAUCUGUUGAUCCUGUCUGGACAGUGAUCCUUGUGCGAAUGGCGGAUGGUAAUUGACUCAUUGAGGAGAAAUCAUAGACGCUAAAAAUAUUUUUCCCCUUUUCUAUGGACUUAACAUAAAAUUAGUUUGUUUAUAUUUGAAUUUAUUUUCUAAAUAUCAACAUCAUAAACUCAUAUCAGUUACAAAAAAAUUCGGAAGUUAAACCAUGAGUUGUGGAAAAGAUUUUGUGGAAACAUUAAAAAAAAUUGAUUAUCCCAAAGCUGAUAUUCUUAAUGGGGAAGAUUUUGACUGGUUGUUUGAGACUGUUGAAGAUGAGUCAUUUUUGAAGUGGUUUUGUGGGAAUGUGAAUGAACAGAACAUAUUGUCUGAAGAAGAAUUGGAAGCUUUUAGCAUUCUUCAAAAAUCAGGCAAGCCGAUCCUAGAAGGAGCAGCAUUGGAUGAAGUUCUUAAAACCUGUAAAACUUCUAAUUUGAAGACACCUACCCUCGAUGACAAAGAGCUAAAAAAAUUAGAGAAUGAGGUUCAAACUCUGCAGAAAUUAAAGAACCUAAAAAUUCAGCGACGUAAUAAAUGCCAGUUGAUGGCUUCAGUAACUAACCACAAAUCUCUGAGGUUAAAUGCUAAAGAAGAAGCAGCCACUAAAAAGCUGAAGCAGAGUCAAGGAAUUCUAAAUGCUAUGAAUACUAAGAUCAAGAAUGAACUUCAGGCUCUUACAGAUGGAGUUGCAAAAUUGAUGAUGUUCUUCAGACGUUCUAAUUUGAGUCAAGGGACAAAUCCACGGGUGUUUUUGUCUCAGUUUUCCUUGGAAAAAUACCUAAACCAAGAAGAGCAAAGCACAGCAGCAUUAACAUUAUAUACUAAAAAACAGUUCUUUCAAGGUAUACAUGAAGUAGUUGAAAGUUCAAAUGAAGAAAAUUUUCAACUUUUAAAUAUACAAGCACCAUCUAUUUGUGAUAAUCAAGAAAUCCUUGAGGAGAGACGGCUAGAGAUGGCUAGGCUGCAGCUAGCAUACAUUUGUGCUCAACAUCAGUUAAUUCACUUGAAAGCAAGUAUUUCGAGCAUGAAGUCAAGUAUAAAAUGGGCAGAGGAGAAUCUUCCUAGCCUCACUAGCAAGGCUCUUGGCAAAGAUAAUUUGGAUGCUAAAAUUUCUGGCUUGAACAGUGAGAUUCUGAAACUUGAAGAACAAAUUGCUCGUGUAAAAGGCAACAGUUUGCCUGUUGUGGUAAAAGAGAAUGCCCAGUUAUUGAAUAUGCCAGUUGUAAAGGGAGAUUUUGAUUUGCAGAUUGCUAAACAAGACUAUUAUACAGCAAGACAAGAGUUAGUUUUAAAUCAGUUGAUAAAGCAAAAGGCAUCAUUUGAACUUCUGCAGUUAUCAUAUGAAAUUGAAUCGAGAAAGCAUUGGGACAUACACCGUCAACUUGAAAGUUUGGUUCAAGAACUUAGUCAAAGUAAUAUGAAGCUCCACCAGCAAUUAGAAAUGCUAGCAGACCCAUCAGUAUCUCAUCAGAUAAAUCCAAGGAAUACCAUUGAUAGCAAGGAUUAUUCUGCUCACAGGCUUUAUCAACUUUUAGAAGGAGAGAAUAAGAAAAAAGAAUUGUUUAUAACCCAUGGAAAACUGGAGGAAAUGGCCAAGAAAUUAAAACAGGAUGUUUCUUUAGUACAAGAUCAGUUGGCAGUAUCUGCUCAAGAACAUUCUUUCUUUGUGUCCAAACUGAAUAAUGAUGUGGACUUGCUUUGUGACGCUUUGUAUCAAGGAGGAAAUCAGCUUUUGCUUAGUGAUCAGGAGUUAACGGAGCAGUUUCAUCAAGUUGAAUCUCAACUGAAUAAACUAAAUCAUCUUCUCACUGAUAUUCUUGCUGAUGUGAAAACAAAAAGAAAACUUUUGUCAUCUAACAAAUUGCAUCAAAUGGAAAGAGAGUUAUAUGUAUAUUUUUUAAAAGAUGAACGUUACCUGAAAGAUAUCGUGGAGAAUUUAGAAAAGCAAUCAAAGAUUAAAGCUGUUGGUCUCAAAGAUUGAAAAUUACUAAAAACUGAAUUUUUCCUACAUAUACUUUGUCUUAAUGUUUUAUAUAUUAGGAGGAGAAUAUAGCAAAUCAGCACUACUAGGAUUUUAAAUUUGAGGUCAAUGGAACAUUUAAUGAAUUCAAGUGUUAUCAAUUUGUUUUCUUCUUACGUAACAUGUUUGUUCAGAGUACCAGUGCUUUACAUGACUUGAACAUUUACUUGGUGGUGCUUAGUCCUGGUAACUUUUUACUUAUAGGGAAAAAGCAUUACAGUUGUCCCGCCCUUAUCUGCAGUUUCACUUACCCACUGUCCACCGCAGUCUGAAAAUAUUACAUGGAAAGUUCCAGAAAUAAACAAUUCAUAAGUUUCAAAUUGCAUGCCAUUCUGAAUAGCGUGAUGAAAUCUUGUGCCUAUCUGCUCUGUCCUGUCCAGGACUUGGAUCCUCCCUUGGUGCAGUGUCACCACACUGUGUAUGGCCUGCCUGUUAGUCACUAGGUAGCCAUCUUGGUUAUUAGGUCCACUGUCACAGUAUCGCAGUGUUUGUGUCCAAGUCACUCUUACUUUACUUAAUGGCCCAAAGUGCAAGAAUUGUGAUGUUGGCAGUUCCAAUAUGCCAGAGAAACUAUAAAGUGCUUCUUGUAAGUGAGACUGUAUGUGUGUGCAUGUGUGUGUGUCUGUGUCUGUAUGUAUGUAGUAUGUACAGGAAAAAAGCAGUGUAGAUAGGGUUCGGUACUGUGUGGCUUCAGGUGUCCACUGGGGGUCUUAGAACAUAUCCCCUGUAGAGAAGGGAGUUACUACUAUAUUAUAUAAUGCAAAUAUUUUUUAAUAGUUAAUGUUGCUAUUAAUUUUUUUAGAAAUGGAAGUUUUCUGCUAUCUAAAAAAUUUAUAGAACUUUGAAUCAGCAUUGUUAAAGCUACAGACCUUAAUAUAUGAAAUAGCCAAGUCCCUUCAUAUUUGACUGUAAAGUAAAAUUCUGCCCAUAUUCCCUCCUAAUUUUCUGCUAUAGCCUCUGAGACUUAAUGUUCCUGUUUAGACCACAAUGAAUGUCAAGUCUCCGUGGCCCAUUGUUCAUUUUCACAGGUUGGGCCCUGGGGACUCAAAAUUUCUGCCAGACACAUCCCGGCAGUGCGGGACUCCAGUGGGACUUAACACGUGAAUGACUUUCAAAUGAAAUUUCAGAAUUCCAUAGACGUGGUUGUUCACAGGAUGUAGAAUGCUAUUCUAAUCAGCUCCUUUGGAGUGAGAACACUUUAAUGUUGGGCUAUCAGUUGGGAUACAAGUGUAGUAUUUGGACAAUUAGUAAAUUGUUUUAAGAGUUGGUAUAAAAUAAUUUGUAAUAGCUUAUUUAUCAGUUAUUACAUCAAAUGUUUCUUUAGUGCCUGAUUUAUACAUGGUCUGUGUUAUUUACCAUGUAAGCUUUAUAGAGAUAAGAUAUAUUGCUUUCAAGAACAUUUUUGCUCUAAGACACAUAUUACUUGCUCUUAAUCUCUAAAAACUACACGAUAGGUGGUCUUUAUGGAAUUUUUCAGCUAUAACCAUCUGAAAAUGGGUAUGUUUAAGUAACAUGAGCCUUGAUAAUUUUUAUAAUCCAUUGGACAAAAAUGUUUUGCCAAUUAUUGUACAUUAUUUAAAAGUUUAUUAAGUAGGUCUUAAUAUGCUUGAAAAUUGUGGCAAAAAUUUGGUCAGAUUUUGCUCUGCUCCUCAUGGGUACUUUUCCUUUUUUUUUUUUUUUAUUCCUAUUCUACCUUGGCAUAGAGAAUUUACUUAAAAUUUUUCUUUUCUUCAGUAAUGUGGAAUAAAAUAUGUCACCUGGUUUCCUGGCUCAUGGACUAGCACAUUCUGUUUAGUGCCAGAUAUGUUAGAUGCCUGACCAGCUACUCGAUGAUUUGUGCUGUCCCUUCCAGACCUUCACCCACGCAGCCCAGGGGCCAGUGUGGCUGAGCAGUGCUAGCGGAAAGAUGGUGGGCUGUGUGUCUGUCAUGACCACGCAAGUCAGUUAAAAAUAACUUUUAUGUUAUUUGUAUGUUUGAAGAUUAUAACAGCUGUUUGUUUGAAACCUCAGGAAGUAUUUCAAUAAAUUGCUUCAAAAUUGG